AUGGCGCUCGUCGAUCUAAAGCACGCUCUUGGGAUUCCGGGUCUAGCAGAAGACAAGGAACCAAAUUACAAGUUAUGGACAUCUGAGAUACCAGGAGAUAUUCGCAAGAUGUUGACACAUUGCGUUGGAGACUUUGUGGACGUUAAAGCAAGUACGAAGGUCUUUCCGGCUGUUCAAGUGAUGCACCAGACAGUCCGCGAAUUCUUCCUCCACCCUAGUAACCUCGUGCAAAAGUCUCACCUAAACGUCACUGAGCAUAAUGCUUCAGAAAUGAUACAAUUAACUUGCAUCCGCUUCCUCGAAAUUGUGUAUAAAGAAGUGAGCGGAUUUACAAUCCCGAGGCCGAGUGGUAUAUCAGCCGCCCAGAUGUGCAGGCAUAUCGAAUACCUAGAGAAAAGGCCAUUCAUCAAGUUUUCGUUGGAGUACCUGGAAGCGAAUUUGGAUGCUUUGGCACCAGAUAUAACAAGCAGACUAUCCAUUCUCCUUGAGAAAACCGAGAUUUCACUUCGCUCUCGAUCUCUCAUAACUAUGCUUUUGAAUCAACUAUUAUUACUCAACAAUAUUAAGUCUGGUGUUGAUGUCAAAAAUCACACAGAUAGAUUAAUCCUUUAUGCUGCAGAAAAGGGGUACCCUACUGCAAUCCGCAAUCUACUGGCUAUUUCCGCCACAACUAAUGUCCAAAAUAAUAGACAGGAGACCCUCCUACACGUGGCCGUAAGAGGGGGACACGAUGAAGCUACCAAUCUUGUCAUCGACUCCGGAGCUUACUUAGAAGCUCAAGAUAUUGAGGGCAGGACUGCCUUACACCAUGCCGUUCUAGGGGAACACGAGGCCAUUAUUCAAACUCUCCUUACAAACAAUGCAAAAACUGAUGCUCGUGAUAAAACGGGCCAAAACGCAGUCCAUCUAGCAGUCAUAAAUAGGCUUCAGGAUAGUCUUCGGGUUCUUCUCAUCAACAAGGCGGACAUAGAAGAGCUGAAUCGUGAAGGUUUUAAUGCACUCCAUUUAGCAGUUAUGGAUGGGCAGAAGAGUAUCGUUCAACUACUCCUUGGCAACAACGUGAACCUAAAGGCUUUGGAUGCGUCGGGUCGAAACGCACUCCAUUUAGCGGUUCGAUGUCAGGACGAGGCCAUUGUUCGCCUUCUCCUUACUCACAACGCCCACCCAGAUGCGCAGGGUUCCGAUGGUCAGACCGCACUCCAUUUAGCGGUUCUUGAUAACCACGCGGCCAUUGCUCAAUUCCUCCUUACUCACAAUGCCAACCCGCAGGCGAAGAAUUCCAUGCGUCAGACCACACUUCAUUUAGCCGUGAUUUAUGAGCGCGAGGCCAUUGUUCAACUUCUCCUUACUCACGAUGCCGACCCACAGGAGCGGAAUCUCGACGACGUCAGUGCAACGGAGCUAGCUUCUAUGAUUGAGAUUGACAGCCCCGUUUUUGAACCUCUUCCUGCCAAGGUUGAUGAUGACGCGAUGCUCUUGUGA